UAUCAUUUCAACAGACAUUUGUGUUUUUUCUCAUGUCUGAUUUAAAUGGAUCCUGUAAUCUACAUGAGGACUGUUGUUGUUUUUAUCUUAUUAAUUCAAUGGACAGCUUCUGACAGAAAUGCUCUCAAUAUAGUUGCCACAUGUAAACAGACAACAGAGAGUAUAUCUUCAGGUUGGUCAGAGGUACAUGUGUCAAACCCUUCACCCUUACAUGAGCUGUCUGUGCAACUGAGUGAAUCUGAAGCUUCACUCAUUAUAAAGUGGUUAAUUAAAAUUGACGGCAGCAUUCACAGUCUUACUGGCACAUGGAUUGAGUUGAUUGUGUUGGAUCACAGUUUAUAUUAUUCUUGUCAGUACCAGCCUCCCUUCACCUCUGAGCAAAACAACCUCACUGGUCUACAACAGUUAUGGUUCAAUUUCACUGCGUCAGAUGUGUCUGUCCAUCCUUCAGCUCAAUAUUACAUCUACGCUUUCAAUCUUCCCCCGCCGCCACCAGCUGAUACAAAGGGGCAGUUUAUAAAAAGCAGCUAUUUUGAAACACCAGGAUGUGAGAGUAAACAAAUGAGCAAUCACCCAUGGUGUUCCACAGAUAAGUGGGAUGCUGGUAUUUUUUCAGUUUUUCAUGAUGAUAAAAUAGUGGUGACCUUCACUACAAGCUCAGCAUCAGAAAUAUACACCAUCAGACUGAGAAAGGGAACUCAUAUUCUUCAAACAAAGGAAAUAAAUGGGGGAGGAAAAGUGCAAAAUCAUACAGAAGAAGUGAAAUACACGGGCACCUGUGAAGAGCUUUUGAUAUCGAUAACACCACAGUUCCAACAUUGUCUUGAUGGAUGUUCUUCGGUUCAUCACAAAGUGAGCUGUCCGAAUGCAGACAGAUCUGGGUUGGUGAUCGGUAUUGGAUGUGUGCUGCUGUUUCUUCUCAUACUGCUCUGCUGCUGCAUACUGCGACAAAUCCAUGUGUCACGUCACGGCUCCAAGCGCACUGUGUCCAUGCGUGUGUUGGUUGUGUACCCUGCAGUAGACAGCAUGUUUCAGCAUGCAGUGAUGGUGCUGGCAGAGUUUCUGCAUAGUGUUCCAGGUGUACAUGUCAUCAUUGACAUGUGGGAGAGAGGAAGUCUAGCAGAACACGGGCCGCUGCGCUGGCUCAACUCACAAAGCGACCUCGCCCAGAGAGUUCUCAUCAUCUUACCUCCUCAAUACACACACACCGACAACCUUAAACCAAAUGCAGCCACCAAUCACACUGUCUCAGCCUCUGCCAAUAAUCUUUUUGCUCUGGUGCUUAACCUGGUAACCAGCACUGCUCAUGACCCACAACAGUGGGAAAAGUUCUGGAUCAUUCACCUGGAUCAGAACAAAGACAAGAGAAAGAUGCCCGCUGAACUCAGAGGCUGCAGGAUAUUUCAUCUGCCCGAAGACUUACUGAAGCUCCAUGAGAAGCUGUCAAGUGGAGCAGACAUGAAGAGCUCAGCCCUGAGUAAAUGCCUCAGCAUCUUCAAAAUCAAUGACGCAUCCUGGAGGGUGCUAGAAGCCCUGCAGCAGCUGGAUAUCAAUACAAACUCACCCGCCUGUGCUAAAGUCAACAGUUUAGAAGAGUCUUAAACUCCUCAUACAAUAUGUGAUAUUAAAUCAAAUCAGAGAGUCGCAGUGAACCAUCUGAUUUGUCCUAAAACAUGAAAAAAAAUUUUUUUUAAAUAUUUGUUUGCUAUUAAGAGUCUAUUCCUAUUUUACCUUUUCAGCCUUAUAAUAACUUUUUAAUUAUUUAGCUGGAUUUAUAAUAAUAUGAGUAUACUGCAGCUUAAAUCUCUUUAUUAUUUCACUCUAUUCUUAAUCAUGUAGUUUUCUUUAGAAAUCUUGUUAUACAGGGAACUUUCUGAGUUAGGUGAGGAAGAAUUGUUUAAAGCUGUCUUCUAGUCUGUAAAAAAGCUCAAGCAUUAUAAACUGAGCUUAUAUAUAUUUAAAAACUUAUGCAAGGAUCUUUUAUAAAUAAACAGAAUUAU